CAAAAAAUCAAGCUAGGGUAAGACUCUAAGGAUGUCUAAUUAGUAUUAUUUCUCUUUCUUAGUUUCCUUCUAUAUAUGCUAUCACAUAAUCAACAAACAAAAAAAACACAAACACUUGAUAGUACUACUCAAGGUAUGGCUUUUCAAGUGUUGUUCAUUUGUUUGAUCUCAACCAUCGUGUUUGCAUCCAUACUAUGGAGAAAACAAAACAAAAAUAAGACCCUUCUUCCACCGAGUCCAAUGCCCCUACCCAUCAUUGGACACCUCCACCUUCUUUCUCCAACACCUCACCAAGAUUUUCACAAGCUCUCACUCCGCUAUGGACCCAUAAUACACCUUUUUCUUGGUUCAGUCCCCUGUGUGGUGGCUUCCACAGCAGAAGCCGCCAAAGAGUUCCUCAAAACUCACGAACCCGCCUUCUCCAACCGCCCCGCUAACACUGUCGCCGUCGAAACCUUAACCUACGGUUUCCAAGACUUCUUGUUCGCACCCUACGGACCCUAUUGGAAGUUCAUGAAGAAACUCUGCAUGUCCGAACUCCUCGGUGGCCACAUGCUGGACCAGUUUCUUCCCGUGAGACAGCAAGAGACAAACAAAUUCAUCAAACGUGUCCUCCAAAAGGGUAUUUCUGGUGAGGCCGUGGAUUUUGGGGGAGAGUUCAUCACGCUCUCGAACAACAUCGUGUCGAGAAUGAUCGUGAGUCAGACGAGUACUACUGAGGACGAGAACGAAGUUGAAGAGAUGAGGAAGCUGGUGAAGGAUGCCGCAGAGCUCUCGGGGAAGUUCAACAUAUCGGACUUCGUUUCGUUCUUGAAGCGCUUUGAUUUGCAGGGGUUCAACAAGAGGCUCGAGAAGAUUCGGGACUGCUUUGACACCGUGUUGGACAGAAUCAUAAAGCAACGUGAAGAGGAAAGAAGGAACAAUAAUGAAACCGUUGGAAAACGGGAAUUUAAGGAUAUGCUUGAUGUUUUGUUUGACAUAUCUGAAGAUGAGAGUUCUGAAAUUAAAUUAAACAAAGAAAACAUUAAGGCCUUCAUCUUGGACAUAUUAAUUGCUGGGACUGACACCUCAGCUGUAACGAUGGAAUGGGCUAUGGCAGAGUUAAUCAACAAUCCAGGUGUGUUGGAGAAGGCAAGACAAGAAAUGGAUGCAGUGGUUGGAAAGAGUAGAAUAGUAGAAGAAUCAGAUAUUGCCAACCUUCCUUACUUGCAAGGCAUUGUUAGAGAAACAUUAAGACUUCACCCAGCUGGUCCAUUGCUUUUUAGAGAGUCAUCUAGAAGAGCUGUGGUUUGUGGGUAUGAUAUUCCAGCAAAGACUCGAUUAUUUGUCAAUGUUUGGGCUAUUGGUAGGGACCCCAAUCACUGGGAGAACCCUCUUGAGUUUAGGCCAGAGAGGUUUGUUGAAAAUGGGAAGAGUCAAUUGGAUGUUAGGGGACAACAUUAUCAUCUACUUCCGUUCGGUAGUGGAAGAAGAGCAUGUCCUGGUACUUCUUUGGCAUUGCAAGUUGUGCAUGUGAAUUUGGCAGUUCUAAUUCAGUGUUUCCAAUGGAAGGUUGACAGUGACAAUGGCAAGGUGAACAUGGAAGAAAAGGCUGGCAUCACUCUUCCGAGGGCUCACCCCAUAAUUUGUGUCCCUAUUCCAAGACUUAACCCAUUCCCUGUUGUGUGAUUGUUUUUUAUUUUAAACAUCAUUUUUCCAUUCACGUAUAUGAUAUGAUGUCAUGUCAAACAUUUAUGCACUUUUUACAUAAUAUAUUUGGGGAUUCAGAUAGUCAAGGAUGUUUGACUUA